AUGGGGCGCUGGCUUUGGGCGGCGGCCGCCAGCUUAUCGGCGCUGGCGCUGGUGCAGCGCUCCAGGCCCACCAGCGCGGCGUUGUCCGCACUGGCAGCGGCCACCGCGGCGGCGGUGGCGCUGCUGCUAGGCCGCAAGCCGAAGCAGGCGGGGCUGGGCGCCUUUGUGCGGUACCCCCGCCAGUACGUGGCCAGGAAGGCGACCGUGGAGAAGAUCGAUGGCGACUUGGAGAAGGCGGUGUGGCAAGAGGCGGAGUGGAGCUGCGCCUUCGUGGAGAUCCGGGGCUCGGAUGCGCCCCCGGGCACGGAGCCGUCGCCCUGGCAGGAGACCAAGGUCAAGAUGCUCUGGGACGACGAGUAUCUCUACAUUGCCGCCAAGAUGGAGGUUGACGCAGGCAACGAGCUGGUUGCAAAGUUCAAGGAGCGGAACUCGCCGAUCUUCCACACAGACUCGGACUUCGAGGUCUUCGUAGAUCCGGCCGGGUGCUGUCACGGCUACAAGGAGCUGGAGAUGAACGCGCUGAACACGGUCUGGAACCUCAUGCUGGAUCGGCCCUACAUGGACGGCGGCUCCGAGUACAGCGGCCGCGUGGCCAAAGAAGGUGAGCCGAAGCACUGGGAGGUGUUGCGGCAGAAGACCGCGGUAAAGGUCACCAAAGGCCAGAUCGGGAACCCCACGCGCCCGGCGCAGUGGUGCUGUGAGGUGGCACUGGCGCACGCGGACACGCUGGGCCACGCCCCCCGCUCCACGCAGCCCUUCGCCGGGAGCUGCUGGCGCAUCAACUUCAGCCGCGUGGAGAAGAAGGGCAAGGUCAACUGGGUCUGGGCCCCGCAAGUGGUGUGGUCGCCCACGGAUCAUCGAUACGUGGGCCAAGAGAACAUGCACCUCCCGGACGCCUGGGGCUAUGUGGUCUUUGCAGACAAGCCGCAGGAUACCAAGGAGUUCCAAGACCCCGCGUGGCCGGCCAGACACGCGGCCGCCUGUGUCUACUAUGCCUGCCGAGCCUUCAAGGAGGCGUGA